AUGGCCGAUAUGAGCGGCGAACAGAUGCAGGCCAAAAUCACCGCGGCCCGGCGCGAAGCUGAACAGCUCAAGGACAAGAUAAAGCGCAGAAAGGAUGAAUUAGCAGACACCUCCCUCCGUCAAGUUGCACAAAAUCAGUCCGAGGCUUUGCCCCGGAUCGGGAUGAAGCCACGCCGGACACUCAAGGGCCAUUUGGCCAAGAUUUACGCCAUGCACUGGUCGACUGACCGCCGCCACCUCGUUUCCGCCUCGCAAGAUGGAAAGCUCAUUAUCUGGGAUGCCUACACCACCAACAAAGUUCACGCGAUCCCAUUGCGGUCGUCGUGGGUGAUGACUUGCGCCUACGCCCCCAGUGGAAACUAUGUCGCUUGUGGUGGUUUGGAUAACAUUUGCUCAAUCUACAACCUGUCGUCCCGCGAGGGCCCGACCCGUGUCGCGCGCGAGCUGUCUGGUCACUCGGGUUAUUUGUCCUGCUGCCGUUUCAUCAACGAUCGCCGUAUCCUUACCUCGUCCGGUGACAUGACCUGUAUGCUGUGGGAUAUCGAGACCGGCUCAAAGGUGACCGAGUUCGCCGACCACCUGGGCGACGUCAUGUCCAUCAGCAUCAACCCGACCAACCAGAACGUCUUCGUCUCGGGCGCCUGUGAUGCUUUCGCCAAACUGUGGGAUGUCCGUACUGGUAAGGCCGUCCAGACCUUUGCUGGACACGAGUCGGACAUCAAUGCCAUCCAAUUCUUCCCCGACGGAAACGCUUUCGGUACCGGUUCCGAUGACACCACCUGCCGUCUCUUCGACAUCCGUGCCGACCGCGAACUCAACACCUACCAGAACGACCAAGUGCAGUGCGGUAUUACAUCUGUUGCUUUCUCCGUUUCUGGACGGUUACUGUUUGCAGGUUACGAUGACUUUGAGUGCAAGGUCUGGGAUGUCCUGCGGGGUGAAAAGGUUGGUUCUCUGAGCGGCCACGAGAACCGUGUCAGCUGUCUUGGUGUUAGCAACGACGGCAUCAGUUUGUGUACUGGAUCUUGGGAUUCUUUGCUCAAGGUCUGGGCCUGGUAA